ACGUAUCCCUGAACCCGGAAGAGAUUUCUGCUGCAGAGCCGCAGCCAGAGUACAAUCUCAACUUGCAAAGUUUUUAAUAGUAAAGUGUGAGAGCCAAGAUGCCAGUGUUACCUGGGGCCAAUGGUCCAUGAUGCAUGUGGAGGGUUAUGGAGACUCCACUGAACUGUGCCGAAGAGCAACAACCCCCUCCUGCCUCCUGGUCGACAGUCACACCACAGGAGUCUACUCCAGACAGAAACGACAAGGGGAACGCUGUUGGCUUUGUGUUGGUGCAUGCAGGAGCAGGAUACCACUCUGAGUCCAAAGCCAAGGAAUACAAGCAUGUCUGCAAGAGAGCUUGUCAGAGAGCUGUGGACAGACUGAAAGCUGGUGCUCUGGCAGUGGACGCUGUGACCGCAGCCCUUGUUGAGCUUGAGGAUUCUCCAUUCACCAACGCGGGAAUGGGCUCUAACUUAAACCUGUCGGGAGAGAUCGAGUGUGACGCCAGCAUCAUGGAUGGGAAGUCUUUACGUUAUGGAGCUGUAGGUGCUGUUAGUGGUAUAAACAACCCAGUGCUGGUGGCCAACAGGUUACUGAGUGAAGCCCAGAAAGGGAAACUGUCAGCCGGACGAAUACCCCCCUGCUUUCUAGUGGGUCGAGGGGCACAUGACUGGGCUGUGAACCAUGGGAUACCUCCUUGUCCCUCAGAGAAGAUGGCUACCAAGUUCAGUCUAUCUGCCUACAAGAGGAACAAGCACAAGAUGGAGCUGGCAGAGAAGGUGGAUACGGGGUUCAAUCAUCACAGUAAGAAGAGACGACAAGCAAGUGAAACCGAGAAUGGAUCGGGGUUGCUGGACACGGUGGGAGCCAUCGUAGUGGACAGAGAAGGGAAUGUGGCGGCUGCAGUGUCCAGUGGGGGUUUAGCCAUGAAACACCCAGGCAGGGUGGGACAGGCUGCUCAUCAUGGAUGUGGAUGCUGGGCUGAGAACACCAGUACCCUGAACCCUUACUCUACAGCAGUGAGUACUUCAGGUUGUGGGGAACAUCUAAUACGAACCAUGCUAGCGCGUGAGUGUUCUUCUGCCAUGCAGUGUGAAGAUGCUCACCAGGCGCUGCUGGAGGCUAUGCAGAACAAGUUCAUCAGUUCCCCGUUCCUGGCCAGUGAGGACUGUGUCCUUGGAGGGGUAAUCGUCCUGAGGUGCUGCAGAUGUUCCGACGCCCAACCCUCUCCUGACAUCCAGGCUAUACUGGUUGAGUUCCUGUGGAGCCACACUACAGAAAGUAUGUGUGUUGGCUACAUGUCUGCCCAGGAUGGGAAAGCCAAGACUCACAUAUCCCGCCUGCCUCCCGGGGCUGUAGCAGGACAGUCGCUGGCCAUAGAGGGAGGAGUGUGUCGACUGGUCAAUACCCCAACAACAGUCGACUGAGCCAUGCCCACUUCCCCGCAGACCACACCCAUUACCCAAUGGGUCACACCCCCUCUUCAAAGCCGCCUUCAGCAAUACUCAAAUGUAACCUCAACGCCCUCCCUCCCCCUCCUCUACCCCCACACAGCAGUAAUACGUUUGGGCUGUUUUAACAGGUGUCAGAAAGAGAGAGAGAGGGGGGGGGAGUAGGAAGAGUGAGAGG